AUGCCCCCCCUUCACCCUCUCACCGCCCUCUUCCUCCUCCGCACCCCCUCGUUCAACUCUUCCUCCUCCCUCCCUCUUCCCCCAUUGCAGCAAGUGGGAGAUCACUUCGUCUCCCUCCUCCUGGCCAUGAAGCACAACGGGGCCGUGGACAAGACGAGGGCCGGAUCCUCCCACCUCUCUCUCCCCACUCUUCCGGCCCUCUCACCUCCCGUUUGUCUCCUUUCAUCCGCCUCUCCCCCCAUUGCAGCAAGUGGGAGAUCACUUCGUCUCCCUCCUCCUGGCCAUGAAGCACAACGGGGCCGUGGACAAGACGAGGGCCGGCUCCUCCCACCUCUCUCUCCCCCCUCUUCCGGCCCUCUCACCUCCCGUUUGUCUCCUUUCAUCCGCCUCUCCCCCCAUUGCAGCAAGUGGGAGAUCACUUCCACAACGGGGCCGUGGACAAGACGAGGGCCGGCUCCUCCCACCUCUCUCUCCCCCCUCUUCCGGCCCUCUCACCUCCCGUUUGUCUCCUUUCAUCCGCCUCUCCCCCCAUUGCAGCAAGUGGGAGAUCACUUCGUCUCCCUCCUCCUAGCCAUGAAGCACAACGGGGCCGUGGACAAGACAAGAGCCGGUUUCAUAGCCCUCACAGACCGCCUGCUGCGCUGCCCCUCGCCCGCCCUCAACGCCCUCCCGCGCGCCUGGCUCACCACACUGCAGCGCCGCCUCACAGCGCCCCACCAGACCCUCACUGACCUCAUCCGCAGGUCCGCCGGCCUGCCCGCUGCGUUCCUGGGGCUGUUUCUGGGCGAGCCUCAAGGGGCGCCCAAGGUGCUGCUGCCCCGCGCUGUGGCGUGGCUGCUGGAGGUGGUGCGGGGGACGGAGAGAGGGUGUGGGGUGGGGAGAGACGCCAAGGGGAUGGGGGAUGAUGCGGAAGGGGAAGGAGGGGAAGAUUGGAAAGGUGGGCGUGCAGAGCAGGCAGGAGAAGCGCUGGUGCCAGGACCAGCAACAGCAGCACCAGGGGUGCAAGCAGCAGCAACAGCACCAGCACUAUCCCUCAAGGCACGAGAAGAGGGAGUGGUAGCAGCGGUGCACGCAUGGAACGUGCUGCGCCUGGCCUUCCACGACACCCACCUUGCCACCGACACCUCCGCCUUCUGCUCCCCCGCCCUGCAAGCCGCCGUCGCCGCCGCCCGCUCGCCCCACUGGGAGGUGCGCAACGCGGGCGGGCUGUGCCUGGUGGCGCUGCUGCACCGCAUGCUGGGCUUUAAGAACGUGCCGAGAGCCGGGCGGCCGUGGGCGCGGGAGCAGGUGGUGUGUAAGCAGACGGCGAGGCAGAGCAUGACAGCUCUGGAGUUCUUCCUGCGCUACCCUGACCUGCAUGCCUUCUUCCUCCGCCACCUUCGAGAGGCCGCCCUCGCCUUCCUGCCUCCUGCUCAGCACCUCCUUGUUGAGAACCCCCCUGCGGAUCUACCCCACCCCCCUGCUGACGUUUCCCCCUCCUCCGCCACCACUGCCAGUGCCACCACCAUCACCUCCACUUCCUCCUCCUCCCAGCCGUUGCACCCCGCCCUGGCCCCCGCGCUCAUCCUGCUCUCGCGCCUCAAGCCGUCCACCCUCACCUCCCCUUCGCCCUCCUCCUUCCUCUCCCCCUCCGCCUUCGUGCCGCCCGUCUCGCUCUGCGCCGCCCACCCCCACAUGCACGUCCGAGAGCUCGCCGCCCGCGCGCUUGUCCCCAUCUUGGCCUCCACGGAAGUUUCAGGGAUGCUGCUGAAGCUGGCUUGCAGCCUCCCUGAGGAGUGGGGAAGGAGGGGUGGGAUGGUUGGAAUUGUCGAGAGAAGAAGUGAGGAGGACAAGGAGGAGGAAUGUGAGAGGGGAGGUGAAGAUGAGGGUGGGAGGGCGAGUGAAGCAAUGGGGUACAAUGCGGUGCAUGGUGUGCUGCUGCAGAUGCGCCACCUGCUUGCCGCCUACUGGGUUGCCGGCAGCACAGGCCAGGCGCAGCAGCAGCAGCAGGGCGGGGGGGAGGGGAGCAGCAAGGCAGCAGACGUGCAAGAGGUGCUGCAGGCGCUGCAGCAGCGGCGCUGGCUGGGCGACCCCCACAUGUGCUGCUGCCCCUCUGUGGUUGCAGAGUAUCUCACCGUCUCCCACCUCCUCCUCUCCUCCGCGCUCCACUCCUCCCCUCCCCUCUCCGCCCUCCUCUCCUCCGCCCUCCACUCCUCCACUUCCCUUUCCUCCCCUCCCCUCUCCACCCCUCUCCCCACCGCCCCUAACUCCUCUGCACCACCCCUCACCCCCAUGGUGCACGCCACAGCGGCCGCCUUCCUCCCGCUCGCCCUGCGUGCCUUCUCCUUCCACCCGCCUCUCCGCUUCGCCAUUCUAGACCCCACAGCGCUCGCCCUCAGGAAAACCGCCGCCUCCCUGCUUCUCUCCCCAGAGGCUGUGUGCCUGGCGGGCCGAGGCCUGUGGGACGGGCUGGGUUCGGUUGAAGGGGGUAUAAAGGGAGAAGCCAGGGUGGGAGAGGGUGGGGAGUGCAGCAGUGCGAGUGUGUUUUGGAGGGUGGCAGUGUCAGCAGUUCAAGACCCCUGUCGGGACGUGCAACUCUCUGCUCUCCGCUCCCUCUCCCACCUCCUCGCCUCCCCUCGCUUGCUCGCGCCGCUGCUGCCACCGCUCCACACCGCGCCACACCACAACAGCAGUAGUGAGGGCGAAGUGGGUGCAGUGCUGCUGGCGGUGGUGCAGGGGGUGCAGCAGGAGAGGGAGGCACAGGGGCGGGACGAGAUGCGGUGCCGACGCCUGCUCAAGGUGCUGCUGCCCGCGCUCUCCCUGCCCUCCCUGCAGCCCCUCCUGCUGCCCCUGCUGCCCCACGCCCUGCAGCCCGCGGAAGCAGCACUGCCAGGGACAGCAGAGGAGAGGCACCCUGGUGGCCCCUCCGACGUGCCUGACAGCUCUGCAGCUGGCAGCAAUAGGAGCGGGUGUGCAGCGCUGUGGGCGGUGGUGCUGGAGGUAUUUGAGACGGCACGUGUGCUGAAAACGAGGGAGGCGGCACUGAGGUGCCUGGGGCACUGCUUCCGCCUGCUGCUCUCCCAGCAUGGCCGCCUGGUCGGGUGUGGACUGGAGCAGCAGCAGCAGGAGCAAGGUGCCUGGCAGCAGGAGGGCGCGAAGCAGUCUGUGGAGCGGGGGUUGACUUCAGGAGACUUCCCCCUGGGCCAGGGCAGGGGCACGGGGAACCUGCUGCAGCUGGCUGCCACGUGGCUGCAGCUGAUUGGCGAGCAGAGCGCGGCGCACCGGCCGGUGAGUGUGCGGCGGGCGGCAGCAGAGGCGGUGGUGUCGUCAGGACUGCUGCUGGAGGUGGGUAGAAUGGGGCAUGCACUGCGCUGUGAACCUGCGGCAGGGGGGAAGAAUGUGGUCGGAGGAGGGAGUGUGGGAGAGGGAGAGCGUGGUAUGGUGAAGGAUGGAGAGGAAGGAGGGGAGGGUGCAGUGAUGGAGUAUGCAAGGGUGGUGGUGCGAGCAUGGCUGACAGUGAUUCGAGUGAUGGAGGAUGAAGAUGAGACGCUCCGCAAGUCCCUCGCCACUGCCGUCCUCACCAUCACCACCACUGCCGCUGCUGACGCCGCACACCCACACGCACCAUCCACUACAGCAGCAGUAUCGUCGGCCUUUGUGCCGGCGCAGGUGGAGCGAGCAGUGGAAGCAGCGUUGGCGCACGUGUCGCUGUGCCUGCGUGCCUGCCCGCCCGCGCUGCUGCCCGCACACCUGGCAGCCUGGGUGUUGCACCCGGACUUUGUCUCCCCCUCGGGCUUUCAGCGCCUCACUGCCUUGGAUCGCCUGGGUGAUGAGCCGGUGGGUGAGGAGGAUGAGGAGGAGCAGGAGGAGGAGAGCGCAGCAGAGAGUGAGAGGAGGGACGGGGAAACGAGACCAAGGGAGGAAGGAGCAGCGGCAGCAGUGCGGGCAGUGCCGGGGUUUGUGCGGAGGCUGUUUGACAGAGAGGUGGAUAACCACCACGAGGAGCCGCUGCUGCUCGCACACCUCUGCUGCCUGCACCUGCAGCAAGCGCUGCUCCUCUGCCCGCCUUCCCGCGCGCUCCUCAAAGCAAUCACCACCUGGAAACUGGUCUUUGCAAAGAGGUUUUUCACCGAGGCUGCCCAAGCUGCCCGGCUGUGCAAGUCGAUGAAGUGGGUGGGCGGGCCGACGUUUCACCAGGACUCUUUUUCUGCCCUGAUCCGGCCGCUCCUUGGGUUGUGGGCGCUUAGCAAAGUGUCCUUAGGAGCUGGGCGUGCCGAGUGUCUCCCACUGGGUUGGAGAAAUAAGAGCAGAGCGGAGAUUGAAAAGCAGUGCGCUGCGAGCAGCAGUGGGGAUGGGAGUGAGUGCACAGCAGCAGCGAGUGUGUUGCAAGCAACAGGCAAGGAAGUGCGGAGGACAAGGAAGCUGGUCAAGGCAGCUGCGAGGAGGCUGCAGGAGAUGCCUGUGAAUCCCAUCCUGCAGAGUGUGCUCUCAGAUGUUAUGCAGGCUAAUGCUGAUGCUGAUGCUGAUGGGGGGAAAGGUGGUGGGGAGGGGGUGUGUUGGGAGACGGAUGUGCUGUGGUGUGAUCCGCUUUUCCUCUUGCAUGCACAGUCGUACGGCAUGUGA